AAAAAGCUACUUAAAGCGAUUGCAAGUCCGGUCACAUACCUCACGGCACUUAUUAACAUUUUUUUGUGCAAGGCAGUAGUUAUUGCCUCUGCCGCAAGGAAAAACUGCUCCUCUGCUUAAAGGCUUAGUAUAAACUGUAGCAGCAGCAAGCAUUCUGCUAAACUCGGAGUCCAUCAUGAACUCAAACUCCAUGUUGCUAUCUAUUGGUAUAAUUGAGAGUUUGUUUGUUCCCGUCAAAAGAUUAGUUAAGUUAUUGUUAGCAUCUUUUAUGUUCAUUGACAGCUUAUGUGAGCAGUAUUUUGUUGACUCUAGUUAGCUUCUCCUAUAAGAUUUGUUCUGUAUAUAAACUCUUGUACAGUUCAUUCAAGAUAAUGAGAAAUACAGUUUCUCUUUCAAUUCUCUGUUUGGAUAUCAAAGUUCAUAUGGUAUCAGAGUGGGUACAGUAGCUUGUAGAAUCGAUUGCUUGUUUCUGUUAGCCAUUGAAAGUGAAAUUUGAAGAUGAAGGAGAGUAAUGCAGCAAGAGAUCAAAGCAUUAUGAAUUUCUUCAAGGAAUCAUUAAAGAAUCAUGAAACAAUUGAUGAUCAAUUUGCAUUGCAAAGCUCGGAUCACCCAAGGAUGGUCCUUGUUUCAGCGCAAUUAACAGGGAAGAAUUACAGAUCGUGAAGUAGGGCAAUGAAGAUUGUUCUUGGUGCCAAAAACAAAUUAGGUUUUGUUAAUGCCAAAAUUGAAGCUCCAGAGGAAGGAUCUGAGGGGUUUGAAAGAUGGAAGAGGUGUGACUGCAUGGUCGCAUCCUGGUUGUGGAACUCUAUUGCAAAGGAUCUGGUUGGGGUAUUUCUCUAUGCGACGUCCUCGAAGGAGCUAUGGGAUGAAAUUUCAGAGAGGUUCGGUGGGAGUAACGGGCCAAUGAUAUAUCAGAUCAAGAGAAGGAUAGCGUUACUGAUGCAAGAAGGAUUAUCCAUUGCCAGUUAUUAUACAAAAUUGAAGGAACUUUGGGAUGAACUGGAAAAUAUUAGAGCAAUUCCAUCAUGUACAUGUGGAUCUGUGAAGAUUUCAACAGAGGUGCAUAACUGUGAUAAGUUGAUGCAAUUUCUUAUGGGGCUUAAUGGUGCCUAUGAUCAGGACCAGAAGACUAAAGCAGUGGUAGCCAUUGGGAAAGAGCAUGAAGGACUUCACAUUCUGGAUAAGUCUAGUUUUCUUUCAUCCGCCAUUCAGUUUUAUCAUUCAAAAGUAAAACAUUUGCUUGAUUCCCUUGCUUUGAACUCUGUAAAUACCAGCUUCUCUAGUGUGAGUAUUAAUAAAGAGAAUUUUCAGUUGUUCAAUUCUGCUUAAACUUUAGAUUUUGCUAUACUUCAUGCUAGAUUAGGACAUUCAUCACUUCAGAAAUUACAACACAUUUAGCCCUUCAAACUUCACAUUGAUUGCCAUUAUAAAUGUCCUUUAUGUCCUUUAGCUAAACAAGCCAGAAUUCCUUUUCCUGAUAGUGAGAUAAAAACACAAUACCCUUUGGAAUUGUUACAUGUUGACCUAUGGGGCCCUUAUGCCACACCUUGUGUUUCUGGAGAUAGAUACUUUGUGACUAUUGUAGAUGAAAAGUUAAGAGCCACUUUGACUUACAUGAUUAAACAUAAAGACCAAUGUAGCUAUGUUCUUGCAAUGUUUCUCAAUCAUGUGGAAACCUAGUUCAAUGUCAAAGUGAAAAUAGUAAGGACAGAUAAUGGGAGGGAGUUUGUGAAUCAUCAGUGUUUACAAUUGUUUCAGUCUAGGGGCAUCAUUCAUAAAAAAAGUUGUCCUUAUACCCCUCAACAGAAUGGCGUAGUUGAGCGAAAACAUAGACAUCUCUUGGAUAUUGCUAGAGCUUUGAGAUUACAAGCCCAUUUUACCAAAAAGAUUCUGGUCUGAGUGUAUUUUAACUGCUACAUACCUUAUUAACAGAUUGCGCACCAAAUUACUUUCUUGGAAAGCUCCUUAUGAAUUGUUAUUUCACAAACCACCCACUUGUGACCAUUUAAGAGUGUUUGGUUGCCUCUGUUUUGCUGUUAACCUUCACCCACAUAGAGACAAGUUUGAUGAUAGAUCACAUAAGUGUCUGUUUCUUGGGUAUCCACCUACACAAAAGGGCUAUAAAGUCAUGGAUUUGCAAACCAAUAAAGUGUUUGUAAGCAGGGAUGUAAUUUUCUUUGAGACAAGUUUUCCUUUUAAUGAUACACCAUUAUCUUCUGUUGAGUCUUCCACCCCAGUUCUUCCUGUUCCUAUUUCUUCAUCUACAUCACACCAUACCGUCACUCUCCUCUCUACACCUGUUCCUGCACUUCAUCCUUCUGAAUCUUUGUCCAAACCCAUACCUGAACCUUCCCAACCUACAUCAUUAACACCCCCAUUGUCUCUUUCUCUUGCUCCAGCCCCACCACCAUUAAGAAGAAGUACUAGACUUCAUCAGCAACCUUCAUGGUUGAAAGAUUUUGUUGUUGCCUCUCUUUCUCAUGCUACUACCUCUGCGGCAGUCUUCUAUUCCUCACCAGGUACACCUUCUUUUAUAUUCUCUCCUAGCCAUUAUGCCUUUGUUACUUCAGUAUCUAACAUUCAAGAGCCUGUUAAUUAUCUUCAAGCAAUAACUGACAGCAAUUGGAUUGACGCUAUGAAUCAAGAAUUGUAGGCUUUGGAGAAAAAUGAUAUUUGGGAACUUUGUGAGUUACCUAAAGGGAAGAAGGUUAUAGGUUCAAAGUGGGUUUUUAAAGUCAAAUACAAACCAGAUGGAGAGGUUGAUAGAUAUAAGGCCCGCUUAGUUGCUAAAGGGUACAAUCAGAUAGAGGGACUUGAUUUUAAGGAGCGAUUUAGUCCUAUGGCUAAAAUAGUCACCGUUAGAAUUUUUAUUGCCCUCACAACUGUUCAGAAAUGGCCUCUAUAUCAGUUAGACAUUAAUAAUGCUUUUUUGCAUGGUUACUUGGAUGAGGAAGUGUAUAUGAGGCCACCAGAUGGGUACACGAAGGCAUUACCAGGGCGGGUCUGUUUGCUGAAACUGUCCCGUUAUGGUAUAAAAUGUGCUUCCUGACAAUGGAACCUUGAGUUUACUUCCUUUUUGCAUUCUUUGGGUUUUCAACAAUCAGUACAUGAUCAUUGUCUCUUUAGCCGAAUAGAUUCAGAUGCUUUUCUAGCUCUUUUAAUCUAUGUAGAUGAUGUCAUCAUAACUGGAAACAAUUCACAGGCCAUUGACGAAGUCAAAUCUGCCCUGCAUGAUAAAUUCACCUUCAAAGAACUUGGUUUCAUGAAAUAUUUCCUUGGUUUGGGGGUAGUUCAAUCAGAAACUGGUACCCUUAUCAGCCGAAGGAAAUUUAUCUUAGAUGUUUUGAAGGACACUGGCAUGAGAGCAGCUAAAGCAGUGUCUAUGCCUCUUCAUAAGGGUCUUCACUUAGCACCAGAUGAUGGAGAGUUAUUGGCAGAUCCUGAUAAGUUUUGAAGACUUAUUGGGAGACUUUUAUAUGUGAACAUCACCAGGCCUGAUAUUACUUGCUCUGUGCAACAUUUGACAUUCAUGGCUGCUGAUAGGAAGCCCCAUUGGGAUGCAGCAUUACAUUUGCUUCUUUAUCUCAAAUCUUGUCCUUCCAAGGGGCUUUAUUUCCUUGUGCAUUCUGAUCUUAAGCUCAGCACAUUUUGUGAUGCAGAUUGGGGUUGUGUAUUUUCUCGCAAGUCACGGGGUUUGCAUUUUUCUUGGUUAUGCUAUGAUUAGUUGGAAAACAAAGAAGCAGAACACUGUUUCUAAAAGUUCAGCUGAAGCUGAAUACAGUAGUAUGGCUACUACUGUUUGUGAAUUGUUAUGGAUUUCUUAUAUUCUUUGUGAUUUGCAGGUCAUUGUUUAGCUUCCUCUCUCCUUGAAGUGUAAUAAUUAAGCAGCUAUUCAUAUAGCUAAUAACCCUGUUUUUCAUGAAAGGACUAAGCAUUUGGACAUUGAUUGUCACUUGGUUAGGGAACAAUUGCAGCGUGGUUUUAUUUUGCCUUUCUCAUGUUUCUUCUGUUCAGCAACUUGCAGAUGUGUUUAUAAAGCCUUUACUUGCUGCUUCCCAUCAUUCGUUAGUAUCCAAGUUGGGUCUUGUGGAGGUUGGGGGGCGUGUGGGGAUAUUGGUAUAAUUGAGAGCUUGUUUGUUCCCGCCAAAAGAUUAGUUAAGUUAUUGUUUAGCAUCUUCUAUGUUCAUUGACAGCUCAUGUGAGCAGUAUUUUGUUGACUCUAGUCAGCUUCUCCUAUAAGAUUUGUUCUGUGUAUGAACUCUUGCAAAGUUCAUUCAAGAUAAUGAGAAAUACAGUUUCUCUUUAGAUUCUCUGUUUUGAUAUCAAAGUUCAUGCUAUCCCCUAUGGAGAAGUGGUUGCCAUCCAUCCUGUUUGGAACACUAGCUCUGCAAGGCCUUGUGCUUUAACAGAAUCAACACCAACACUGCUGCGACUGAUAAGAGAGAAAAACUUCAUUUUGUCUCUUUUCACCUUCUCUUUCUCCUUAAUUUCUUGUAUAUGUACUCUUGUUCUCUCUUACUAUAUUCUGCUCGUGUAUGGCAAUAUAAAUAAUUGGAGCUUCCUAGAAUAGCGAUUGUGUGAAA